AUGAUCGAGACGAAAGAGGAAGACUACGCCCAGUUCAUCCAAACCCAACCCCCAUCCACAAUCGCAGCAUGUCUGCGCCGCGACCAGCUCCUCUGCCAGGAGAAGCAUCUCCCCAGUCCGCUCGCCAUGCACCUCCCAACACAGCCCUGUGAGCUCCUCGACGCAAUCUCCCAACACCUAAUCCCAGAUAGCAGCAUCCCCGCGCCCCUCCGCAGGCUGCAAUGCCAGGGCAUCAUCAGCGGGAUCAAAGCAUCCGUGAACCAAAUGAGCAGCAUCACAACCUGGACAUCGCCAACCACCGAGAAAGGCACGGGGUUAAUCCCCAGAACACAGGAUUUCCAGUCCGCGCUGCGCGUGCUAGAAUACCUCCAAAAGUACCCAUCCAUCUCGCAGCUCAGCAGCACCAGCAGUUUCACAGACGUGCUAUCCUCCGUGAAAACGCAACUGGCAUUCGAAGACGGGCUGCGCGCCGUGAACCACCUACACAUGGCCCACAAAGACAGCCGCGUGGACUCGAAAGCCAGCUACAAGGCCCGCAGACGCAAGCGCAAUUGCUACAUGUGCCAUUUCGAGAUCCGGGAUGGCGAGGCCCACGAUACGUACCCGUCGCUGUGUCGCCCUUGCGGCUCGUUCAACCUGGCUGAGUCGGCCAUCUCGCAGCCCCCGAAUCUGGAUUUGAAGGGAAAGACGGCACUCGUCACGGGCGGCAGAAUCAACCUCGGCUACGAGACCGCGCUACGCCUGCUGCGCUGUGGAGCUAGCGUCAUCGUGUCCUCCCGCUAUCCGCGCGACGCGGUGCUGCGGUAUGCCCGGGAGGUGGAUUUCGGGGGGUUUUCGGCGCGGCUCAAGGUCGUGGGGGCGGAUUUCCGCACGGCGAGAGAUGCGUUUCGGCUUGUGGAAGUCGUGAAGAGGGUGUUGGAUGACUGGGCGGGGGAUGGGACUGCGCUGGAUAUUCUGAUUAAUAAUGCGGCGCAGACGUUGACGGAUCCGGUGCGCUCAGAGACGAGGGCGAUCGUGCGGGAGGAGCAGUUGGAGGAGGAGGCUGGGGCGCAUGGGCUGAUUGCAGACGAUGGGGAGCGGUAUAUGCCCAAGCUUCGCGGUGGGGUUGGCAGUGCCUGGGGCGGCAUUGAGGAUCGUGUGCGGCUGCAGAUUGCAGGUAGCGCGGAGUCACAGUGUGUGGAAGAUUCUGGAAUCGUGCAGAAGGGCUUGGGGCCGGGCGAGGAUGAGUCAAGGUCGUCGUGGACUCAAAGUCUGGACCAGAUCCCGUAUGAAGAUGUGAUCAGCGCGCAGGCGGUUAAUGCGUUCGUGCCGCUGAUUCUAUGCCGCGAGCUCUUGCCCCGAAUGGGGGCUACGAGCAAGUCGUCUCGGCCCUUGGGAUACAUCGUGAACGUGUCCUCGCGGGAGGGGAUCCUGGAGAGCAGGACCAAGUCUGCGAGCAAAGCGGGCCACCAUGUUCACACGAAUAUGUCCAAGGCGGCGCUGAAUAUGAUCACCGAGACGGAGAGCGAGUCGGCGUGGAAGCGGCAUGUCGCCAUGAACACGGUCGAUCCCGGCUAUAUGAGUGCUGCACCCGAGUGUCAGCGGGCAGACGGCUGCCCGAUUGGAUUCGAAGAUGGCGCUGCCAGGGUUCUCUGGCCGAUUGCUAUCGGAGAACGCGAGCAUCGGGUUAUCCGCGGACGGUUCAUGAAGCAUUUCGGACACCAUGAUGCUAUUAUAUCGCGAGGAAUAUGA